UAUACCCUACCUCUUUGUUUAAUGCGGUAAAAACGCCCACUAAACCUUAUUUACCUUUUACGACAUCAUUAUGCUUUACGGCGUAUGAUAGAAGUUGAGCCACAGCGCCAUCAUGAGGUGGCAGCGAGGUUUGGUUUUUCCGUAAAUAGCUGCAGUCACUUGAUCUGUUUUCCUUCAGUUCUAACUGGAAAAUCAAAUAAGAAGGCGGGUUGAAAAACGUAUUUACGACAUGGAAGAAACGGAAAUGUCCUUUUGCUCAUUCUCUGGUGGAGAAGAAUACAAAAAUCACUUUAAGCCGGGUAUAUAUGUGUGUGCAGAAUGUGGACAUGAGCUGUUUUCCAGCAUGUCAAAGUUUGAGCACUCUUCUCCUUGGCCAGCCUUCUCUGCAACAAUCCACGAGAACAGCGUUACCAAACACCCUGAAGCAUGGGGACCCAUAAAGGUGUCCUGUGGGAAAUGUCACAGUGGACUAGGCCACGAGUUCCUGUAUGAUGGACCAAAAGAAGGCCUGUCACGCUUUUGAAUAUUCAGCAGCUCACUCAAGUUCAUCCCUAAUGAAUAGUUGACAUGGACAUAAAGGUGAGCUGUAAGAGGCCCACUGCUGCUGAAAAAAUGAGGAGCUCUAGGACAAAGCCUUGACGGACUCCUGGGCUUUGAUGGGACUUGGCUGCACUGAGGCAUGUAUGAACACAUUCAAAUACGUGAAAUUCACAGUACUUGAUAUGCAGAAAAGUGAGUUUGUGAUAGACCAUAUAAGACUACACAAUGGACAAAAGUAUAUGGACACCAUUAAGACACCUACAGGAAUUGAACAUUUGAGGUUGGACAACAUUUGUCAUCCCUGUCAACACUCACACACUUUAACCCAGAAACUUGUCUGUGUUGUCUUUGUACAUCAUUGAUAAGGGUUCCUGUCCUUUUGUCAUUGUGCAGCAACAUGCAGUUGCACCAUUUCACCAGCAGGUGGUGCUCCCCGACCUGUUUGCUUCAUGCCUUGAAACACUCAAGAUUUUUAAUUUGGAAAAUUCACCAACAUUCUUAAAUGAGUCUUUUUGAACGAGCAGUCUGCAUUAACUGGGAUAAAUGUGAGCACAUGGAGCAAUAUUACUGACACUUUUUUCCCCCUGAAUAAAUCCCAUUAUGCACCACAGCAUAUCCAUCUGUGAUUUUAAGAGGUCUCUAGUGUUCUUUUAUCCCGCCAAAGUUUGCCAGGUGAUGCAGCGGGCCUGCCUUUUUAGAACAUUGGCUCGUGGUGGAAUUCCAAACAAAGUGAGGCAAUGUGGGCGCAAGUUCAAAAACUGUGAGCAGGUGUGGGGACACCUGUAGAGUAUUACACCUCUCCGUUUUAUUGCCGCAUAGUUAAAUUAACGAUGAAAAGUAGCAAUAGUAAUGAUAAAAUACAAAUAAUACAUUUGGUAAAUUAUAGUAUUUGACUGAUAAUUAUCUUAUUCCCCAGAUGACAUAAAGAUGUACAUUUAUUGGAAAUGUUACAACCCAAUUUUCAAACGAAACUGACCUUUUAAUAAGCUAAACAAUCAGUGGUUGGCUUACAAAGACAUACUGCAAUGUACAAAUGGUCCAUAAAGGAAUGACGCAAUCCCAGGAGAGUGAAAUCUUCUUUAACUGCCAAAUGUCAUCUUUUCACUUUUUUUGCGCCCAAGUCUGCAGUCAAUUAAGAGUCGUCAGUUGAUGGUCCCGGAGUACCAUUUGCCUGGGAGCCCCAGCUCAUUCAUCCACUAAUACCUUCCUUGCCACUGAUUAGAUGUCUCUGUUGUGGUUCCUCUUUUAAAGUUGCCCCACACAGCUGGCACGCAGACCCCCACUGUCCUCAGGGGUGAGCAGUCUGGAUGAGGUAGGGGACUUGGAGCAACAAAGCCAGCAGACAGAAAUCCAGAAUUGAACCAGAUGUGAGAAUGACAUAUGGGGGAGGAAAAGAGAAAAGGGAGGGGAGUAAUUAACGUGCGCUAUCUGCAGCCGAACACUCUUUUCUGGCUGGCAUGGGCACAGCAGCUGCAUCGCCAAGAGGAAGCAAACAGGAAGCAGGAAGUGGUAAUCCUCUGAUAGAAAUCGGGAGGCAGACUUGGACUGUGACCACACUUUUUUUUUUUUCUUCUUCUUCUUCACUGAUCUCUGAGGCUCAUCCUGAAUGUGAAUCCGUAAUUAUGUCAAACCAGCGGAGCAUUCCAGAGGCCCGAAGGCCGAGCCUGGAGCUUGCCACUGAACAAUACACAGGACAGCUUGUUUUGAUUGUAACAUUUAUGAGGUGGCUGCGUCAAAGCAGGCUUGUUUAUGAGACACUACUGCACCUGCUUCUGUUUUGAGCCGCACAGAAACAAAAAACGUGUCCGCAUGCCAUGCCACGCCACGCCAUCCAAUUCAUAUGAUCCCAAAACAUCUUGUGGGCUCUGCCUGACAGAAGCUGAUGUGGAGGAUUAAAGCACCAGGAAGCCUCCCAUAUGAAGACUAUGUGGUGAAAAUGCCCUCCAUAUGUGUCCCGUCUCGGCAUAAUGAAGAAAAAGAUAAAUGAGGCUUUUAUAAGACAGGAUUUCUGCUUUGGAUCAAAAGAGAAAGAGACUGAAGGCGCUCCAAGUUCUUGCAUUUCGGUCGGGAGAACACAUGCUCGGAAAAGAAGGCACUUGAUCUAAAGAAUGAAUUCCACUUUUUCUUUGCCUUUUUCUUAUGGACCAAAAGAAAUUAUGAGAAAAUAUGACUAUAACCAUAGAGCCCUGGAUACAUAUAAAAUGGCACUAUGUGACAGUAGUCCGUCUCUGUCACGGGAAUUAUGUGUCUUCAAACAGUAUAGUUUAUUUUAAUUUCAUUAAUUUCAUUCAUGUACACUAAAGUUUUGUGAUGGGACCAAAUAAUGGACUUUAAACAACAACUCAGCAUGCAUUGUCUUCCUCUUUAGAAGUUCUACUGUAUUUCAAGGCCAUGCUAGCCAUUAGGUAGUUAGCAACAAUAUGCUCAAUUGUUAUGAAAAGUAAACUGAUUUGCUAAAAUAAUACUUAAGAUUACAUUAAGAUUUAUUGUUAAUGUAUGUUUCCCAUGCAUGUCUUACAAUAUGACAAUUUGUUUCAGUGGUAACUUAUUUGAAUGACUUUAACUG